CUUGAGGUCACUGUAUGCCAGUUACAACUUGACGUAUAAGUUCUUUAUGCGGAGGUUUCUUUCACCUAGUCCACUGUUAUUCGCGUAAUUUGUUUAAACUCGUCUACAACUAUUUUUACAAACGUGCUAAAAAUAUAAAUAUUUGUUGUCAAUGGAGCAAGCGAAUGAAGGUUUCCUCAUUAUACCUGGAAGAGAAUAUCCGUUUCUAUCCGAUAAGCAAGUAAAUGAAUACUUUAUUAAAUGGUCCAUGAAAGGCAGGUUGAACGUUGCUACAUUCACUUUUGACCACAUGUUUGUACCAUAUAAAUCUGAUUCAUUUUUCACAGGGUUUUUCAAUUCACUUUCCGUACAAAAUGCACUCACUAUCCCCUAUACUAAAACUAUUGUUAAAAUUAAGAGCGUAAGAUGUACGCUCACUAACUUGGAUGUAUUUCGAAAACUUUCAAGUGUGACACAUGAGUGCGGAAAAAUUAAGACAAGGUUGGACGAUGUUUUCGAAUCAAUCCUUAUUUCUGAUAAAUUAAGAGAGUGUUUGUUACUUGAAGAUUCAGAUAGUUACUCUAUUUUUACCGAAAAAGAGAGGGAAGAGUUUCUUUUUCGCAUGUUCAAACACAUUUGUAUUGGAGGUGAAAUAUGUCAGCAAGAAGAUGAGAUUAAGCCAUACAUCGAUACCGUACGCAAAAUCUAUCGUGAUCUAAUAUGUGUUCAGAAGAAUCCUGAUUCAAAAGCAAUUGAAAUUGUCUCCUAUGUUUACGAAGUUCGAGUGUAUGAUGAACAAAAUAACAUGGUGUUUCCUUCAUGCGAAGAACAUUUGAAUACGUUCGCUUAUGUAAUUGUGGAUCCUUUAAAAAGAAACGUGAUCAUUUUUUAUCACAUUUUUGGAUGUGGGGAAUUUUCGUGAUGUAAUAUAGAAUAAUGUGUCAAAAUAAACGUUUUUUAAGCUGAGUUUGUAUUUUUAAACUCCUAAUGCCGUUAAAAUAAAAUGAAUUCACUUCAAUCUGUAUGACAUGUUUUUAUUGCUUAGAUAAAAAUUCACGUAUUUGUGUUUAUUA